GCUGCAGGACUUUCCCUCAGUGAGGCUCCGAGUCUCUGAUGAUGAAGAUGAAGAUGAGGCUGCUGCUCUUCCUCUGCGGGGUCCUGAGGGUCUCUGCUGAUGUUCUCCAUGAGGACCUUGCUAUCGCUGGCUGUUCAGACUCUGAUGGAGAGUUCAUGUAUGCUCUGGAUGGAGAAGAGAAGUGGUUCGCUGACUUCAAGCAGGAGAAAGGAGUGGAACCUCUGCCUCCUUUCAUUGAUCAUGCCAGCUACCCGGAAGGAACUUAUGGAUCAGCUGUGGCUAAUCUACAGAUCUGCAGAUCAAACCUGAAGAGCUGCCGUCAGGCCAUGAAAGGCAUCCCAGAGCAAAAAGAUGGUCCCUCCAGCCUGGUGAUCUACACCAGAGACGACGUGGAGCUGGGAGAGAAGAACAUCCUGGUCUGUCAUGUCUCUGGGUUCUAUCCUGCUCCUGUCAACGUCUCCUGGACCAAGAACGGCCAGAAGGUGACUGAAGGAACCAGCAUCAACGUUCCCUUCCCCAGCAAGGACAGCACCUUCACCCAGAUCUCCAGACUGGACUUCAUCCCUCAGCUGGGAGACAUCUACAGCUGUUCUGUGGACCAUCCAGCUCUGACAGAACCACUGACCAGGAUCUGGGAUGUGGAGCUGAACAGUCCUCAGCCCAGCGUUGGACCUGAUGUCUUCUGUGGACUUGGUCUGACCAUCGGACUCCUGGGCGUGGCUGUUGGGACCUUCUUCCUGAUCAAAGGAAACGAGUGCAGCUGAUUGGCUGAUGGGUUCAGUCAGUGAUCAGGAUUUUAUUCAGUUUUUUCUCAGCUUGGUUUUAAUCAGUUUUUUGCUCUGAUCACUGGUGUAAAUGAAAACAAUCUGAAAAUGUUAAAUGUUUAAACUUUGAAAUCCUUCCUUGUUUUCAUAGAAAGUCCAACAUUAAAACUAUUUACUGGUUUAUAUCGGUCCUUUCUAUCAGAACCAACAGCUAAAAUCCACUGAACCUACUGACCUUCAGUUUGUGCUGCUUGUUUGAGUUAAUAAAUGAUUAUUAUAAUUAAAGCUGAAA